AUCGACAUGUGGACUGAGCCAGAUUAAACCCAGACUCCCAGAGGUGGAAGGCUAGGAAAAGAGCACUACACCGACCUGACUCCUGACAUUUGUUACCGUAUUCGAUUAAGUGUCACCAUAAGAAAAAUUUUGUUACUGUAUUUUAUGAUCAUCAAUCAAGUAAUCCAAGCAACUGCUAAUUCUCAGUGAACGGCGAUGAGUUGCAACGUUUGUGGGAAGUUUGUAGCACAUGGUUUUGCUCUAUAUGCGCGCGAAACCUAAAUCAAGCGGAAUGAGGGCCGAACCUUGCCCAGCUCUCUCCUUUUCCUAACUGGGUUAAGUUGAACUUAUGGAAUGUACAAUAACUCAAACUUAACUUUUCCUUGAUCACUUCCAGGACCAAAUUCAAAAUGAUGCUGUCAGCAGUCCUUAAGAUGUUACUGAUGGCACUCAUGUCGUCUGGUUACAUCCCGGCAUAUUGUGAGGAGAUAUUGUUUUUCGAACGAGGCCUUCAGGGGAUUGUCCCUUGCAACCCUGAUGCUAGUGCUUACAGUUUUGGUGACUUAGAAUUCGUAGUUUGGUACUUCCCCCAGAAAGAGUUGGAGCAUGUCGUUUUUUUGUUCUCUCAAGGGGCCGUCGUUCCCCAAGACGGCAUCUCUGAAGGCCAGUACAAUAUCAGUAGCAAUUUCAGUUUGAUCAUUCAGAACGUAACAGACUCAGUUGAAGGGACGUAUUAUUACAAGGUUGAGCCGAAAUUGGGCAGGAUAUACGAAGGAUCUAUGGAGGUAUCUGUAAAAGUUACUACAAAGCAGCCGUUUCCCAUCGUUCAUGAAUGCGAUCCGCAACCGAAAGCGCCUGCCGAUACCUGCAUAUCACACGUACCGCACGACAAAGUAACCGUCAGCUUAACAUGUCAAGUUGACCACGCCAAACCUCCGGUAAACCUCCAGUGGUUCCGUGUGUUCGAUGAUGGUCACACAGAGCGCGUUGAAGCUACUCCUACUACGAAGCUGCUUGUACAUAGACCAGGUGCAUUUUUCAUCGACAACACUUACACCUCAUUAUCGUUCCUCCAUCUGUUGACAACAAGUGAUAACAACACGUCAUAUAAAUGUGAAGCAUAUGGCAUAGCGCUCGGGGACAGGAAUGGAAGUCACGUGCUUGUCACCAUCAGUAAAGAUGCCUUCUCGGCUCACUCAGAUCAGAAAGUGUACUUGGAACGAGGCCGACGUGGUAUUGUACCUUGCUCCCCUGAUGCGGCUUGGGCAUACCAGCGUGGAGACCUACAAGGCGUAUACUGGUAUUUCCGUCGGAGAGACAGGGAACACGUCAUUUUCUCCUACUUUCAAGAUGCAACUGUGCUCCUAGACGGUAUCCCUGAAGGCCUUUAUGAUGUCACCAGCGACUUCAGUUUGAUCAUUCAGAACGUCACCGACUCACACGAGGGGACGUAUUAUUACGUAGUUGAGUCGAAAGUUGGUCAAAUAGACAAGGGAUCCGUGGAGGUGGCUAUUACAG